GCAAAAACGAAACUGAAUGAAACUUCAUCUAUUCAUUCAGUAUGUCUAGGUGUCAACUUCAUUAUUUCUAAAAAGUGACGUAACAUCUUGGAUGAUCUUAGGUUAGGUUGGGUUGGGUUUUAUUUUAAUAAUCUAGUACUACUCGGAUUUGAAAGGGCUUUGCUGACACUUUUUGUUUCUUGGCUAUAAUGAUAUUCAAAAACGUUUCAUUUAAUCGUUUAUUUGGCCUUGGACUUAAAAACAGCUUUCAACCAGGUACCGAGAAAACAUAUAUGAGAAACUUUAAGCGAACUGGGGAUAAGUCCAAAACUAAACAGAGUAAUCAAAAGCGUAUACCAUAACGUAAUGGGAAGGGUUAGACUGUAUGGAAAGAUGUCAGAAGAGAUCAGAAUGGAAAAGGGAGUGAAACAGGGUGACAGCUUGGGCCCACUACUCUUUGUAGCAUACAUUGACAGAAUAAUAAAGCAAGUCAAAACACAAACUACGCAGACGAGACUGGGUGCCACAACUUAACCCGAUCUACACUCGAGACCUUAUAUACGCUAUGUUGUACUAAUGUUAGGCAGAGUAAAUAUCCUACAAAGGAACAUACAAAUAUGGAAUACCUGCCUGCAAGAAAGGGGAACGGUAAUAAACAAGAACAAAAGUAAGAUACUAUACAUUACAAAAGAAGAAUAAACGGGAGAUAUUGACGUAAGAAGGAGGUGGAAAAGCACGAAUAUCUUGGAACCAUAAUAAGUAAGGAUGGAAAGAUAGAUCAGAAAAUACGUAACAAAACAGCAAAAGCAAGUGCAGUCUACUAUCAAAUAAACAACGCCCUCGCAGGCAAUAAGGAACUAAACACUAAAGCAAAAAUACAAUUAUAUAAAACCAUCUAUAUACCCACACCUAAUUAUGGAUCAGAAACUUAGACGAUGUUGGACAAGCACAAACCAAAAAUAACAGCUGCAAAGAUGAAGUACCUACGCAAGAUAUUGGGGAAAACCAGAGGAGAUAGGGUACGGAACAAGAACAUCAGGGAAGAACUAAGCUUAAACCAUCUGGUACAGGAAAUAGAGGAAAACAACUAAGUUGGUAUGGUCAUCUGGAUAAAAUGAAAGAAGAUAGAAUACUUAAGAAAAUGUUCAAUAUGAGGCCAGAAGGAAAGAGAAAGCGUGAUAGACGAAGACCCCAAUGAGAGGGAGAGAAGGAGAAGAUACGGAGUACGGACUAUGGUAGAAAAAUGUAUAAAAGAUGGAUCCAAAACCCAACACCGUAAGGUAUAAAUGGCGGCAAGAGAAAGAAGAAAAAGCGUUUAAUAGUGUAAGAACAGAAAUAAUUUUACGAUUCAUACAUGCGUUUGGUAUGAACGACCAUUAUAUUCCGUUGCAAAUCUUGUAUGUUCUUUGCCAGGGAGUUAAAAGAACUAAAAAAAAUUAUAAAUUUUAUGCUCAUCUUGCUUGCUCUUUAUGCUCAACUUUUACAAUUUCUUUUUAUGUUGUGUAAACAUUUUGGAACUUUGACCUUGACUGCUGUAAGUACGCAAAUGUUACUUGUAAGCGCUAUAUAAGGGUACGUUUAUGUUGGAGCUGCGAUAAAUGAUGAGAAAAAACAAAUCAAUCAAUGAAAUGGAUAAGCUUGCAUAGUUUUAACAAGAUUUCCAAUUCUGUGUUGAAUAGAAGAAAGCGGAUAACGUAGAUCACUAGCAAUAUUAAGUUUAUUUCUAUAUUUCAAUUUUUGUUGCUACAACUGUAAAAAACGCCCUUCGUACAAAUAAGUGCUGGCAUAGGGUAAAUAUAGUUGCAGUGCUUGCUCUGCUACGCUGGUAUAAACUUUGAGAUAUUUUACCCAAAAUAGUGACUUAUCCAUCUUCUCAACAUCAUAUUUGGCAGCAGAAUCAUUUUUAAUUUCCAACACUUGCUCUUGUAGUGUUUCUGGUAGCUUAUCUAUUUUAACAUAAAAAGGAUCCGUGGACAACUUAUAAAUGUUAUUAUCGCACGAGUUAGGGAAGUAACAUUUGAAUUUAUCGCUAUGGUGCUACAAAUAUGUAGUUUGAUAUUUUAUUUUUCAUAUUAUCAGUGUCUUCAAAAAUCUUCUUAAAGCGUGCUCUUUUUGAGACUGAAAAUAAUUUAGGAAAGCAGGAAUAAUUAAUUGCAUGCUAAAAUUUUGCUUGAUGACAUCUCGAUGAUAAAUUAUAUUCGAUUGCAAUUUCAAGUUUAGUGAAUUCAAGGAAUAGAAAAUAUCCGAUAAAUAAAUCAACACUUGGUUUUCUGAAUUCAACAUAUAGUUCCGUUUGUUUUUGGAUUUCUAAAAUCAAAAUUACUUCAUCUUGAAUCUCAUAUAAUCUUGGUAACAUAUUUCCUUUUAAGAGCCCGCGUACUUCCGAAUGGAGCAAUAAUAUUUUGUGUUCUGUGCCCAAAUCUUGAUAAAAGACCAUAAAAAGUCGGGUGUUUAAUGCAUAAUUUUAAAACAUCAUUGAAUUCAUUUGAAAGUGGUUUAGCCGCCAAAGCUGUGUAUAAAACAAUGAGUAACGAUUACAUUAGGAUUUUUUCUUUGAUCAGCCGUACGAAUCCUGAGCUAGAGCCAAGCAUUGAGGGAGGGUUGUCUGUACAUAAUAUGCUAUCAACUUUUGCCAUGACAGUUCAUGUUUGUCAAAGAAUUCCGAGAUAGCUGUCAUUAUAUCAACUGCUUUUGAAGUUGUCUUAACUUUGUAGAAAACAACAUUUCGUCUUUGAUUGUUUCGUUAUAUAUAUCGAACGAAAACUAGCAAAUGACAACAAUGUGCAACAUCCAUCUAACUACAUUGCAAAAAACUUUGAUUCUUUCACGACCUCCACUUCCUGAAUUUUCAUGUCUGCGGGUAUAUCAUCGAUGCGACGCUCACAGUAUUGUCAGAAAGCAGUAUUUAUGAAAAUUUUUCUUUACUUUCUGAUCCAAGAUAAAUAUCAGCGGUUUUCUAACAGGCAAGGUUUGAUAAGAAUUUCACUGAUGAUGUGGCUUUUCUUGGUCUUUGCGAUGAGUAGCGAUAAUGUGAAUCUUCAAGCGCCUUUUCAGUGGACUGAACAAGGGAUCCAGUACUAUCCAAUUUUAUGCGUUUCAAACUUAUAGAGAAAAACCCUGAUCUAUGAGUAAAAAAGGCUUUAUAAGCUGUCGCUACAAGAGAUACAGUGUUGACAAAAAAUGCAAAACUAAAAGUAUAGAUUAAACAAUAAUUUACAUUUUAAUGAGUUGUAACUUUGUUUCAUUAGGUUAUUUAGUAAUUAUUGUGAUUAUUUUAGUUAAAUUUUAGUAAAAAAAUUUGGAAUGUUUCAAAACAUGACGAUUUUCAUGCUAAAAUCAAGAUCACGAAUACCCCUUUAUUGUUAUAUCCAUUUAUUAUUGUCUAUCUAAAAUUCAAUUAUGUCAUAAAACAUAACGUAUCAAUUAUGAACAUCAUAAAUUCCAUCACGCGCUGUACCCAUCAAUUGUAAUUAUAUUAUUGUGCUCCAAAUAUUUAUUGCGUCACUAGGUACACCUUAUGGUUUAAAAAUAAGACUUUAUUUUUGCAUAACGAAGUUGUAACGUCACAGCAACUCAUUACACAUAACCUAAUCAUCAAGGAAAAUAAAACGGAGUGGUUCUUGAAUUUUCGCCAAAGUAUCUAAAUAGUAACGCAUUUUACUCAAAAAUAUAUAACAAAUACAUAAUCAAAUAUAAUAGAUUAAGAAUUGUCUCAAUAUCUAAACUAUUAAACUAAUCCCUAGAAUUUUUUUUUAUAAUCACAAAUGACCAAAUAUUUGAUAACUUAACAAAGCCGAAAAGAUAAUUAUUUAAUCCCUAUUGCCUAAAUAGAUAGAAAUAGAAUAGAGUAUAUAGAUUAUUGGUUAUGUCAACAAUUUUAUGUAUUGAAUCGCGUGGCACCGAAGCAAGCCACGCAGAAAUGCAAACCACAACAGUGUAAUCGAGAUGGCUGUUCCGAUCGGAUUUAUUUACAUUUUAUGUAGAAUAUCCUCACAAUAACCAAUAAAGUAAUAAACGUAUUUGCUCCUUCGCGCACCCGUUAUAACCUCAAACAUUAAUAUUGCACAUAACCAAACAUUAAAUUAAAUUUACAGAGAGAGAGAAUACCGUGGAGGUGAUAACCGCAACCGAUUAAAAGUUGUUGUUCUAUCUAUUAUACUUCGAGUGUGCCGUGGUGCGCGAUCGUGUUCUGUCGUUUAUAGAGAAAACAACGUGUUUCUAUUAGAAGACUACUAAGAUCUUUGUGUGCGCGUACAAAAGUCACAAAGUGAAGUACAAAAAUGAAGUUCGCCGAACAUCUUUCGGCACACAUUACACCAGAAUGGAGAAAACAAUAUAUUCAUUACGAGGAAAUGAAAGCAAUGCUUUAUAUGGCUGUAGAAGAAGCGCCUUCAUCAGAAAGCGUCGAAGAAAACGUAGUAAAAAGACAUUAUUUAAAUUUUGAUGAACAAUUUUUCCAUUACUGCGAUAAAGAAUUAAAAAAAAUCAACACAUUUUACUCCGAAAAAUUAGCUGAAGCAACCAGAAAAUUUGCAACUUUAAGUACAGAAUUAAAAACUUCGCUAUCCGAAAAUAAGCAACGUCAAAAACCGCGAUACAAAGACCUGGAUACUCCGUUCAUUUCAACCAGGAAACUUCACGAAUUUAAAACCGCCUUUAGUGAAUUCUAUUUAAGUUUGAUUUUGUUACAAAAUUAUCAAUCGUUAAAUCAUACAGGGUUUAGGAAAAUUUUAAAAAAACACGAUAAAUUGUUAACGGUUGAUACCGGUUUAAAGUGGCAUUCGGAAAACGUUGAAAAUGCUCAUUUUUACAUUAAUAAAGAUAUUGAUAAAAUUAUUCAAGAUACCGAAAAUACGUUUAUUACUAAAUUAGAAUCGGGGGAUCGGCAGAAAGCAAUGAAAAAGCUUCGCGUACCUCCGUUAGGCGAACAAAGAUCACCUUGGACCACGUUUAAAGUGGGACUUUUCUCAGGAUCUUUUAUUGUAUUAUUAAUCGCUGUUAUUUUAUCAGCUAUUUUUCAAAGUUCAGCCAACAAUUUCGCUGUGGCUUUCCAACUUUAUCGAGGCCCGUUAUUAAUAAUCGAAUUUAUGUUCUUAAUCGGCGUAAACGUCUACGGUUGGCGUUCUUCGGGCGUGAAUCACGUCUUAAUUUUCGAAUUGGAUCCUAGAAACCAUCUUUCCGAGCAGGAUCUAAUGGAAUUAGCCGCAAUAUUCGGCGUGAUAUGGGCUUUAAGCGUUCUUAGCUUUUUAUACAGCGACAGUUUAAGCAUUCCCUCCUUUAUAAAUCCUUUAUCACUAACAGUUAUUAUGUUGGUGUUUUUAAUAAACCCGCUCAAAGUAUUCCGAUAUGAUGCUCGAAUGUGGUUUUUAAAAAUUUUUGGUCGUAAUCUUGGGGCACCUUUUUUUAGAGUAAAUUUUGCCGAUUUCUGGCUUGCCGAUCAAUUAAAUAGUUUAGCAGGUGCUUUAUUAGAUUUUCAAUUUUUGAUUUGCUUUUAUAUUCAUAAUGGUGAUUGGAUGCAAGCAGCAGGUAAGGAACUCAUUUUUUUUAAAUCCUUUUCAAUUACAAUUUUUGUUUUAGAUGUUAAAAUGUGUGCGGAACAAAAUUUUAUAAUAAGGCCAAUAGUAAAUUGUUUACCAGCUUGGAUACGUUUCAUGCAAUGUUUAAGGCGUUAUCGUGACUCAAAAGAAGCUUUUCCGCAUUUGGUGAACGCCGGGAAAUAUUCGACGACUUUUUUCGUUGUUAUUUUCUCAACAUUAAAGAGCUAUUAUAAAGAUGAUUACGAAGAUGAUCCGUCAGAAAAUCCGUUCACUUAUUUGUGGAUUACAGCAGCUGUUGUUAGUUCUUGUUACGCUUAUACUUGGGAUGUUAAAAUGGAUUGGGGUUUAUUUGAUAAAAACGCCGGAGAAAACACAUUUUUGCGCGAAGAAAUUGUUUAUUCAUCCACGUUUUUUUAUUACUUCGCAAUAAUAAGCGAUUUCAUUUUAAGAUUCGCUUGGGCAAUAUCGUUCUUUUUAACAGAAAAUAAAUAUAUAAGUUCAGAUUUGAUGCCUUCAAUUCUAACACCAUUAGAAGUGUUCCGAAGAUUCGUUUGGAAUUAUUUCCGUUUGGAAAACGAACAUUUAAAUAAUUGCGGUCGUUUCAGGGCCGUUAGAGACAUUUCUGUAGCUCCGAUUGAUCAGUCGGAUCAAACGCAAAUAAUAAGAAUGAUGGACGACGAAGAUGGGGUGGUUAAUCGCAAAGCAAAACGAGUUACUAAGAAGAAAGAGGAGAAAAAACCUUUACUCGGCGAAGAAGUACUUUCCAAUUUCGACGUUAUUAGUCCAGCUUCUACAAUCGCGUUGUAAAAUCAAAACAUAUUUGAUUUAUGGAUAUUUAAAUUAAUUAUUCUUAAUAUUUUCGUAAAUUUGUUCAUUCCAAUAUUUAAUUUAGUAAAUUUACGUCCCUUUUUUUUAAAUUUAGUGGUUUAAGUGCCUUAAAAAAGAUAAUCUAGCGAUUCCUAUAAAUUUAGCUCUUUAUUCCUCAUCUUUAUUUCGUGGUUAAUAUUUUUUAUAUGAAAUUUUUCUUAAAUGCAAAAAGAAACUGGGUACUUAGAAAUUAAUUACAGACGUUUUAUAAUAUUCUGUAUAUUUUUUGUUACACCUCACUUAAAGAAAAAUCUGAUGAAAUCUUUUUUAUUGAGAUUUUUUUAUCAGAGCUGUGAUAGAUUGUACCAUAAAUAUUUAGUAGUAUUGUUUAUUAAUUGUAUAUUAGCCAAUUUAAUUGU